UGGGAUCGUCGUCGUCGGAGGGUGGUGGGGCUCCAUCAUGGCGGCUUCCAUUUCGGGCUAUACGUUCAGUUCUGUCUGUUAUUACAGCGCCAACAGCAGCGCCGAUCACGAAGGAUUUUUAUUAGGAGAGGUAAGACAAGAGGAGACGUUCAGUAUUAGUGACUCUCAGAUUAGCAACACAGAAUUUCUCCAAGUAAUUGAAAUCCAUAAUCAUGAGCCUUGUUCCAAACUGUUUAGUUUUUAUGAUUAUGCAGGCAAAGUCAAUGAAGAGAAUUUGGACAGGAUUCUUAAAAAUCGAAGAAAAAAUGUUAUUGGAUGGUAUAGAUUUAGAAGGAAUACUCAGCAACAAAUGUCAUAUAGAGAACACAUCAUCCAUAAACAGCUGACACAAAUACUUGGAGUACCUGACCUUGUCUUCCUUCUCUUCAGUUUCAUCUCCACCGCAAAUAAUUCUACACAUGCUUUAGAAUAUGUCCUUUUUAGACCAAAUCGAAGGUAUAAUCAAAGAGUGUCACUUACUAUCCCUAACCUGGGCAACACAAGCCAGCAAGAAUAUAAGGUAUCUUCAGUGCCAAAUACUUCUCAAAACUAUACCAAAGUUAUUAAAGAACAUGGUACUGAUUUUUUUGAUAAAGAUGGAGUGAUGAAGGACAUCAGGGCUAUAUAUCAGGUUUAUAAUGCACUUCAGGAAAAAGUACAGGCAGUAUGCAUAGAUGUAGAGAAAAGCGAGCGAACUGUUGAAUCUUUCCAAGCGGAGGUGAACAAGCUAAAAAGGCAAAUCUCACAAAGGAAAAAUGAAAAAGAGCAGAAAAUAAGAUUACAACAGACUCUCUUAAAUAGGCAAAUGACAAAUGACACCUUGGAGCCUAUAUUUAUCCCACAAAUAACACAUCCUGGAUUUGUUGUGGAAAGUCAUCUUGAAGAAUCGGAUGCUUCUGAUCCUCCUCCUCCUUAUGCUGACUUCAAUGUGAUCAAUCAUGACAAUGCUGUCCGCCCUGGGGUUCUAGAAAGCAGUGUUUUUAUGCCUCGACCUCAAGCAGUGGGCUCUUCUAGUUAUGCUUCCACAAAUACAGGAUUGAAGUAUUCAGGCAGUGGAACAUCCAUGCAGCCUUGUUCCCACAGCACCACCGAUGAGAAUGUUAAUGAAUCAGAAGACAGUGACUAUGAGAAUUCGCUUGACCCUACAGAGUCUUCUGACAGUGAAUACGCACAAACGAGAGAUUCUCAAUCCUUAGCACAUGUGGAUGGAGAUUCUAGGAACACUCAAAUCUCUCAGAUUUAAUAUAGAGCUUAACAUAGGACUAUCUUUCCUAAUUGUUACAGAAAUAUUUUGGAAUUUAACUUUGAGGAAAUGAUCUACAAAAGAGGAUUAUUGUGCACAGCA